GGCGACUUGUCCGAGAUGGCCGUCGGCUGGACUGUCAACGAGUGGCAGACCGGGCGACGACUGGUGCAAUUCUGGCGCAAACAGCAGAACACGACCAUCCACGCGACAUUCAGGGCGAUCCUCCCAGAGCAGUACAUCCCCAACAGCAUCGUCGUCUCCUGCAUCUUUCGCGAGGAGCGCAACGAGUGUUUCAUUACAUCGGUUGACAUGAUCUAUCUGCUUGAAGCGCUCGUGGCCAAUCGCUUCUCGAUCGAAGAGAAGAAUCGGAUCAGGCGGAAUCUUGAAGGCUUCCGCCCAGAGACAGUCAGCAAGCACAAGAAAGGCACCGAAGCCUUCUUCAAGCGCAUCAUGAGCUUCCCUGAUCCCAAGCCGCGCAACAUUGAGAAGGACGUCAAGGCUUUCCCCUGGAGGAUCCUUGGACCUGCGCUGCAGAAGGUCCUCUCCAAGUACAGCGCG